GCCCCAGAGGAGAGACAGGGGAGAAGGGAGAGUCAGGACCACCUGGAGCUGCUGGUCCUGCAGGCGCCCGCGGACCUGGAGGAGACGACGGCCCCAAGGGCAACCCUGUGAGUCACAUCACAUACAAUCAAACUUGAUUCAUUAUACUCUUUAAAAAAAAGGGGCUUUCUAUAACCUAAAAUAGUUAUUUGGCUGUCCCAAUAGGAGUACCCUUUGAAAAACCCUUUUGGUUCCAGGUAGAACCAUUUUGGGUUCCAUUUUGAACCCUUUCCAAAGAGGGUUCUACAUGGAACCCAAAAGGGUUCUACCUGGAAUCAAAAAGGGUUCUAGCUGGAGCCAAAAAAGGUUCUUCCUACCAAUGGUUGUGAAGCUAACUAGUGCUGUUGUUUUAGUGUCAUUCAUUGUAUGAUUCCAGCUAAAACACAUCUUAUAUUCUCUCUCUCUCUCUCUCUCUCUCUCUCUCUCUCUCUCUCUGUUUCUGUCUGUAGGGUCCCGUUGGCUUCCCUGGAGAUCCAGGUCCCCCUGGAGAGCCUGGAGUUGGUGUAAGUGCUGCAAGUGAAUGGCAUGACGCAACACAGGAAGGAAGCUAGGCAGAGACCUCUUAGGCAGUAUUAGUUUUAAUUCAUUGAAAUGUAACAGUAGAUGAUGAUCGACGCUAGUAGCUGUUAUAUCAGGUUAGAAAGUGACAGGAUCCUGACUUGUCUUUCUGUUGUAUCUCCUCAGGGAUUGGAUGGCUUGGCUGGAGACAAGGGAGAUGACGGAGAGGCUGGUCAGCCUGUAGGUUCACUGUUAUCAUCGUUGUUGUUGUUGUUGUUGUGGGCGGCAGCGUCGUCGUUGUUGUUCUAAUGGGUCUGUUGUGUGUUGUUUCAGGGCCCAUCUGGUCCUUCUGGAGAAGCUGGGCCACCAGGACCACCCGGGAAGAGGGUAAGUGUCCCCGACUGUGUUCGAACCCGGGUCUCCUGCACACCACAGAACUGUGUUAGCCCUCUGAGCUAAAGCCUAAGCAUUCACUCACAGAGCUAACCACAAGUUCCAGGUUUCAGGCAAGGUUACUCAUCACCAUCCAAAAUUGUAGAUGUUUCUAAAUUGAAAUACUAGAUACAAUGCAUUAAUACACAAAUCUGAUUUCCACUUGUUGAAUGAAGAAGUCUCCGGACAAGCAAGCAUUCAGAGAUGGUUGAAGAAUAGAUUAGUUUUAGAAUAGAAUAUCGAACUGUUUUAGUUUGACCGACAGCGAUGUGAAAGGAAUAAACACUAAAGUCAGGAUAUCAAGAUGUCAUUUCUACCUCUGGCAUCUCCUGCUGCCUCUGUCACACAACAGGCCACGCUGUCCACAUCUAGACAGUUUUAUCCAUCUGGACUGUUUUAACCAUCUGGACUGUUUUAACCAUCUGGACUGUUUUAACCAUCUGGACUGUUUUAAACCAUCUGGACUGUUUUAACCAUCUGGGACUGUUUUAACCAUCUGGACUGUUUUAACCAUCUGGACUGUUUUUAACCAUCUGGACUGUUUACUUAAACCAUCUGGACUGUUUUAAAACCAUCCUGGACUGUUUUAAAAAAAACCAUCUGGACUGUUAACCAUCUGGACUGUUUUAAACCAUCUGACUGUUUUAACCAUCUAGACUGUUUUAACCAUCUGGACUUUUAACCAUCUGGACUGUUUUAACCAUCUGGACUGUUUUAACCAUCUGACUGUUUUAACCAUCUGGACUGUUUUAAACCAUCUGGACUGUUUUAACCAUCUGGACUGUUUUAAACCAUCUGGACUGUUUUAACCAUCUAGACUGUUUUAACCAUCUGGACUGUUUUAACCAUCUGGACUGUUUUAACCAUCUGGACUGUUUUAACCAUCUGGACUGUUUUAACCAUCUGGACUGUUUUAACCAUCUGGACUGUUUUAACCAUCUGGACUGUUUUAACCAUCUGGACUGUUUUAACCAUCUGGACUGUUUUAACCAUCUGGACUGUUUUAACUAUCUGGACUGUUUUAACCAUCUGGACUGUUUUAACCAUCUGGACUGUUUUAACCAUCUGGACUGUUUUAACCAUCUGGACUGUUUUAACCAUCUGGACUGUUUUAACCAUCUAUGAUUAAAAUAAGUUGUUCACUGUAUACCAAGCUGAUGAGUGGGGGCUUUGUUCUCCCCAGGGACCCAUUGGACCGGCCGGUACUGAGGGAAGACAAGGAGAGAAGGGAUCCAAGGUAAAACACACACACACACACACACGCACGUGCACACGCACACGCACGCACACACACACACACGCACACGCGCACACACACACUCACACGCACACACGCACACACACACACACACACGCACGCGCAUGCACGCACGCACGCACACACACACACACACACACACACACACACACACACCACACACGCACGCGCACUUGCACGCGCACGCACAUACACACACACACACACACACAAACACACACACACACACACACACACACACACAUUUCCAUUCAAACUGAAGUGUGGGAUUAGAGUUGAUGUGAUGGAGACAGGCGAAAGCCUCUCAGUACUUCCUGGUCUGUCAAACCUGUCCUCUAAUUGGUUGUCACAACGGUUUAAUCCUCCAACCCCUUCAUCGGAUCUGAUGGUAAAUCCAUUGAUCUCCAAUCCUCCGUGUCUGUUCUCAUCUGGUGACUGAGUUUAGGCUCUGUGUGAUUGUUGUAAUUCCCAAAAUGCUUUUGAAAGAUGUUCUCUUUUGAGGGUGAAUAGGACCCAAUACUGAUAGAAUCCUCUUUAAAACGUCAGUUCUCGUAACCGUUUUGAGCCAGUUUUAUGUUUUUUUUUCCAACUCUAUUCAACUCUAGUCAACUCUAGUCAAAUCUAGUCAACUGUAUUCAACUCUAGUCAACUGUAGUCAACUCUAGUCAACUCUAGUCAACUCUAGUCAACUGUAUUCAACUAUAGUCAACUGUAUUAAACUCUAGUCAACUGUAUUCAACUCUAGUCAACUGUAUUCAACUAUAGUCAACUGUAUUCAACUCUAGUCAACUGUAAGCCUAUUUCUCUGGUUCCUCAGGCUGUAUAACGUAUCCCUGGAGGGGAUGAAUAAAGUAAUGCUCAAUUUAUUUGAAUGUUGCUACUGUGUGACUCCUCGAUGAGGCUGAAGGUAGUGGUAUUGAAUGUUGUGAUUGUGUAUUGCAGGGUGAGGCUGAAGGUAGUGGUAUUGAAUGUUGUGAUUGUGUAUUGCAGGGUGAGGCUGAAGGUAGUGGUAUUGAAUGUUGUGAUUGUGUAUUGCAGGGUGAGGCUGAAGGUAGUGGUAUUGAAUGUUGUGAUUGUGUAUUGCAGGGUGAGGCUGAAGGUAGUGGUAUUGAAUGUUGUGAUUGUGUAUUGCAGGGUGAGGCUGAAGGUAGUGGUAUUGAAUGUUGUGAUUGUGUAUUGCAGGGUGAGGCUGAAGGUAGUGGUAUUGAAUGUUGUGAUUGUGUAUUGCAGGGUGAGGCUGAAGGUAGUGGUAUUGAAUGUUGUGAUUGUGUAUUGCAGGGUGAGGCUGAAGGUAGUGGUAUUGAAUGUUGUGAUUGUGUAUUGCAGGGUGAGGCUGAAGGUAGUGGUAUUGAAUGUUGUGAUUGUGUAUUGCAGGGUGAGGCUGAAGGUAGUGGUAUUGAAUGUUGUGAUUGUGUAUUGCAGGGUGAGGCUGGAGCCGAGGGGCCUGAUGGUAAGACUGGACCUGUCGGACCCCAGGGGCCCUCUGGUAAGCCCGGACCUGACGGCCUGCGUGGAAUCCCCGGCCCUGUUGUGAGUUAACUAGCUAUGCAUGAUCUGCUAUACAUUAGCUAUACAUUACACUAUCACUGUUGUAACUAGCUAGAUUACAGACUAAUCCGUUUGCUAUACAUUAUCUGUACAUUAUCAAGGUUAAAUAAUGUGAUGGGAUAAUGUGAUAUGUUAUGAAGGUUCAAUGAUAAUGUGAUUUGAUAGUGUGAUUGAUAAUGUAAUGGAUAUAGUUAUGGAUAAUGUAAUGGAUGAUUUGAUACAUAUUCUCAGGGUGAACAAGGACUUCCGGGUGCUUCUGGAAUGGACGGACCCCCUGGACCUAUGGUUAGAGAUAAUAUCUCAAUAUUUCAUAUCCUAUUUUCUUGGCACAUUUGUAAUGCCAUGAUACACUGACAAUUUUUUUAGGCAACAAUUGUUAUAAAAUAUGACUGUGUGUGAACAGUAAGUAAAAGGCCCUUAGAUUUACUCUCUUUGACAAACUGAUUCCUGAGAGGGGUUUUGUCUCUUUACAGGGACCCCCUGGUCUUGCUGGCUUGAAAGGAACUCCUGGGGGUAAGGGAGAAAAGGUAAGAUUUUAUAGAGAAGAGAAGGUUCUCUCUGUCUCUCUCUGUCACACCCUGGUGCUGGGACUCAUUAUUGUUUAUCCAGGGUGUGUGCAGUCUAUGUGUUUAUGUUCUAGGUUGGGUGUCUAGGUUGUUGUUUUUCUAGGUUUGUUCAAUGACUCCCAAUCGGAGGUAACGAGUGUCAGCUGUUCGGCUCGUUAUCUCUGAUUGGGAGCCAUAUUUAUUCUGUAUGUUUUCCUGUGGGGUUUGUGGGUUUUUGUUUCUUGGUUACAUGUUCCGUAUGUCAGUGAUUUGUAACUUGAGAACUUCACGUAUCGUCUUUUGUUUUGUUUUCGUGAGUACGUUUAUUAAUAAAUUAUGUUCACUCGCAACGCUGCGCUUUGGUCCGCUUCCUCAUUGGUAGACGAUCAUGACAGAAAAACCCACCACAAGAGGACCAAGCGGCGUAACAAGCGGCAACAGGACCUACCUACGCAGGAUUUAUGGGAGCCUCCUAAGGACUUUUGGACAUGGGAGGAGAUACGGGCUGGAAAGGGUCCUUGGGCACAACCAGAGGAGUACCACCGCCCUCGUGAAGAGCUGGAGGCAGCUGCAGCCGAGAGGAGGUGGUAUGAGGAGGCAGCGCGGAGUCGAGGCUGGAAGCCCGUGGUUACUCCCCAAAAAUUUCUUGGGGGGGGGCUAAAAGGGAGUGUGGCGAAGGCAGGUAGGAGACCUGCGCCUACUCCCUGGACUGACCGUGGAGAGCGGGAGUACGGGCAGACACCAUGUUACGCAGUAGAGCGCAUGGUGUCUCCUGUACGCAGGCAUAGCCCGGUGCGGUACAUUCCAGCUCCUCGUAUCGGCCGGGCUAGAUUGAGUGUUGAGCCGGAUGUCAUGAGGCCGGCCCCACGCAGCAGGCCACCAAUGCGUCUCCUCGGGCCGGCUUACAUGGCACCAGCCCUACGUAUGGUUUCCCCGGUUCGCCCACAUAGCCCGGUGCGGGUUAUUCCUCCUUCCCGUACUGGUCGGGCGACGGGGAGCAUACAACCAGGUAGGGUUGGGCAGGCUCAGUGCUCAAGGGAGCCAGUACGCCUGCACGGUCCGGUAUUUCCGGCGCCACCUCCCCGCUCCAGCCCAGUACCACCAGUGCCUACACCACGCACCGAGCCUCCUGUGUGUUCCCAGAGUCCUGUGCGUCCUGUUGCUGCUCCCCGCACUAGCCCUGAGAUGCGUGUCCUCAGCCCGGGACCACCAGUUCCGGCACCACGCACUAGGACUUAUGUGCGUCCCCAGGGUCCUGCAUGCCCUGUUGCUGCUCCCCGCACUAGCCCUGAGAUGCGUGUCCUCAGCCCGGGACCACCAGUUCCGGCACCACGCACUAGGACUUAUGUGCGUCCCCAGGGUCCUGCAUGCCCUGUUGCUUCUCCCCGCACUAGCCCUGAGAUGCGUAUCCUCAGCCCGGUACCUCCUGUUCCGGCACCACGCACCAGGCCUACGAUGCGCCUCAGACGGCCAGAGUCUGCCGUCUGCCCAACGGGGCCUGAACUGUCCGUCUGCCCAACGCCGUCUGAACUGCCCGUCUGCCCAACGGCGCCUGAACUGCCCGUCUGCCCAACGCCGUCUGAACUGUCCGUCUGCCAAGCGCCGCAGGAGCUGCCCGUCUGCCAUGAGCCUGCAAAGCCGCCCGUCUGCCAUGAGCCUACAGAGCCGUCCGCCAGACCGGAGCCGCUAGAGCUCUCCGCCAGACAGGAGCAGCCAGAGCCUUCCGCCAGACAGGAUCAGCCAGAGCCUUCCGCCAGACAGGAUCAGCCAGAGCCUUCCGCCAGACAGGAUCAGCCAGAGCCUUCCGCCAGACAGGAUCAGCCAGAGCCGUUCAGCCGGGAUCCGCCAGAGCCGUCCAGCCGGGAUCCGCCAGAGCCGUCCAGCCGGGAUCCGCCAGAGCCGUCCAGCCGGGAUCCGCCAGAGCCGUCCAGCCGGGAUCCGCCAGAGCCGCAGCCGGAUCCGCCAGAGCCGUCCAGCCGGAUCCGCCAGAGCCGACCAGCCAGGAUUCGCCAUUCAGCCUGGUACUGCCCCUUAGUCCGGUACUGCCCCUUAGUCCGGUACUGCCCCUUAGUCAGGUGCUGCCCCUUAAACCGGUGGGGGUCAUUUGGAGGAGGCUACAUAAGCGGGAAGUGACUAUGGUGGGGUGGUGGUCUAGGCCGGAGCCAGAACCGCCACCGAGGAGGUAUGCCCGCCCAGCCCUCCCCUGUUUGGGGGUUUUGAGGCGCGGUCGCAGUCCGCGCCUUUAGGGGGGGGUACUGUCACACCCUGGUGCUGGGACUCAUUAUUGUUUAUCCAGGGUGUGUGCAGUCUAUGUGUUUAUGUUCUAGGUUGGGUGUCUAGGUUGUUGUUUUUCUAGGUUUGUUCAAUGACUCCCAAUCGGAGGUAACGAGUGUCAGCUGUUCGGCUCGUUAUCUCUGAUUGGGAGCCAUAUUUAUUCUGUAUGUUUUCCUGUGGGGUUUGUGGGUUUUUGUUUCUUGGUUACAUGUUCCGUAUGUCAGUGAUUUGUAACUUGAGAACUUCACGUAUCGUCUUUUGUUUUGUUUUCGUGAGUACGUUUAUUAAUAAAUUAUGUUCACUCGCAACGCUGCGCUUUGGUCCGCUUCCUCAUUGGUAGACGAUCGUGACACUCUCCCUCUCUCUCUCUCUCUCUUCUCUCUCUCUCUCUCUCUCUCUCUCUCUCUCUCGCGCUCUCUCUCUCUCGCGCUCUCUCUCUCUCUCUCCUCUCUCUCUCUCUCUCUCUCUCUCUCUCUCUCUUUCUCUCUCGCUCUCUCACACACUCUCUCUCUCCAUCCCUGCCUCUACCUCCCCCUAUCUCUAUCUCUCUCUUUCAAAGUUAACCAAAUCAACUCUGGAUUUGUGAUUUAAUGUGGUAAUUAAAUAAUGUAUAAGAAAUAUAAUAUCAUUUGUGUAAUGAGACAGAUCACCACUGUUUAAAUAUAACAACACUAUAAACGACUCAUCAUUUAUUGUUCAGGGCCUAGCAUAGUUGUUGCUUUGUUUCCUUCAUAAACAUUCCAGGUCCAUAAUUUAAUCGACAUCAUUUUAUUUGGCGUAACUUAACAACAGAUGGUUGUAGAAAAGUUUCACGUCAACAAGAUGUCCGAGUUCAUUUAUGAUAUUUCUGUGAUUGAUAACCAAAAAUUAUAGGGUGGUUCACAGUCACACACAAAAACAUACAACAUUUCAGAAAUUCCUUUUUUGAAUUAUUUUAAUGUAUUUUUUCUUGGUUGAUUGAUCACUACACUGAGUGUACAAAACAUUAGGAAAACCUUCGUAAUAUUGAGUCGCACCCCGUUUUGCCCUCAGAACAGCCUCCAUUCAUCUGGGCAUGGACUCUACAAGGUGUCGAAAGCGUUCCACAGGGAUGCUCGCCCAUUUUGACUAAAAUGCUUCCCAAAGUUGUGUCAAGUUGGCUGGAUGUCCUUUGGGUGGUGGGACCAUUCUUGAUACACACGGGAAACUGUUGAGCGUGAAAAAACCCAGCAGCGUUGCAGUUCUCGACACAAUCCGGUGCGCCUGGCACCUACUACCAUACCCUGUUCAAAGGCACUUAAAUAUUUUGUCUUGCCCAUUCACCCUCUCAAUUGUCUCAAGGCUUAAAAAUCCUUCUUUAACCUGUCUCCUCCCCUUCAUCUACACUGAUUGAAGUGGAUUUAACAAGUGACAUCAAUAAGGAAUCAUAGCUUUCACCUGGAUUCACCUGGUCAGUCUAUGUCAUGGAAAGAGCUGUGGAUGUCUGUAUUUGUGAUUUAUGUCCAUCUCUCUCCCUCCCUCUCUCCCUCCUUCCCUCCUUCCCUCCUUCCCUCCUUCCCUCUCUCCCGCUCUCUCUCUCGCUUUCUCUCUCUCUCUCUCGCUCGCUCGCUCUUCUCUCUCUCUCUCGCUCCCCUCCCUCCCUCCUCCCCCAUCCCUCCCUCCCUCCCUCCCUACCUCCCUCCCUCCCUCCCAUCCUUCUUCUCUCCUUGCUCUCCAUCCCUCCUUCCUUCCCCUCCUCUACUCUCUCUCUCUCUCUAUCCUCCUCUCAUCUCUCCGCUCUCAUCUCUCUCUCUCCUCUCUCUCUCUCUCUCUCGCGUCUCUCUCUCUCUCUCUCUCUCUGUCCUCCAGGGUCACCCAGGUCUGAUUGGUCUGAUUGGACCGCCUGGUGAGUUCGGAGAGAAAGGAGACAGAGGUCUGCCUGGACCCCAGGGAACUGGUGGAGGCAAGGGAGACACUGUAUGUGACUGACAAGUAUAUUACUCAUUUAUUUACUAGUUACUAGUUUAUUUACUAAUUUAUAAACUAUCUAUAAACUUAAAAUAGUCCAUCUGUAAAAGGCUUCUAAACCUUUAUAAACCAUUUAUAAAGUGUUAGCUCAUUGGUUGAUACUACUGUGAAGUGUCGUCUCAUUGGUUCAUACUGUAUUGUGUCUCUGCAGGGUGUUGGCGGUUCUGCUGGUCCCCUUGGCCCUCCUGGUCCUCCUGGUAUUCCUGUAAGUUAAUCAGGAAAUCAUCUCCUCAUCAAAGGACCUCGUCAGCAUAUCUCUUCAGCAAAAUUGUUCAGCAAAUUCAUAUCAAAUCUCUAUACAAUUUCUUCAUCAGAUGUUCAAUACAUCAUUAAUCUAGUAUCACUAUUGCUGUAGUGUUAUUGCUCACUGUGUGUCUCUCUUUAAACAUCUUCUCAUAUCAAAUAUAUUUAAUUUUCUACCAUUUCAUCAUGUUCCUAGUCUUACUGUUCACUGUGUGUCUCUCUUUUCUUUCCCCCUUAGGGACCUGUGGGUUCUAAAGGUUCCAAGGGAUCAACGGUAAGUUCUGUUCACCAGAAGACUAACUGAAAACACUAAGAUCCCUCAGUGGUAUAUAUGACUGGUGUGAUAACGUCCGUGUGUAAUGUUGUGUCCUGUGUCUGCUGUUAGGGUGGAGCUGGCCAGAAAGGAGACACUGGUGUGAUCGGACCACCCGGAGCUCCUGUAAGUCAACAUUUUCUCUCUAAGAAAGAGCUCAUGCUCUCACGAUUAUCCACUUUUAAUUUACCUUUUUCUCUCUCUCUGAUUGGCCGUUUCCCUGACCCCUGCCCUCUAACCUUUAACCUCUCUUUCCAACCAGGGUCCUCCUGGUGACAUCAUCCAGCCGCUGCCCAUCCAGCAGGCGAGCAGGAAGAACAGACGGCAGGCGGAGGACGACGGCGUGCAGGGCGACGCGGCGGGAGGCAUGGCGGACUACGGCAUGGAGGCCACAGCGGACAUGGAGGACGUGUUCGGUUCCCUGAACAACCUGAAGCAGGACAUCGAGAGGAUGAAGUUCCCCAUGGGGACGCAGGACAACCCUGCCAGGACCUGUAACGACCUGCACCUCAGCCAGCCUGACUUCCCCAACGGUGGGUUGAAUCAAUCAAUCAAACAAACUGUAUUGUCCUCAGAGGGAACUUUGGUUUGCAGGUAAAACACAAGAGUUAUAAACAGAACAUACAAAGGAUAGACUGAGUCACAAAAAACAUAAUCAUCAUCAUUACCGCAACUUCAGGAGCUGGUUAGCAAUGACGUGAGAGAGAGCAGCUGCUAGAACGACCCCCACACACUGCGUAUACACAUAUUAAAUAUUCAUUACCAACAUUGACUUGGUAAAGGUCUCUGACUAAAACGUUGCAGUAAAAGAAAGAAAGAAAGAAAGUAAAAUGCUGUUGAUUCCUGGGACGUGCUGUUUACACUGGUUUAACUCAAUCUGAGCAUCUCAUUACAAUCUGAGCAUCUCAUUACAAUCUGAGUGAUUCCUGUUAUGCAGUACUAUGAGGGACAUUGAGCAUUGACCUUGCCAUUGGGCCCCAGUACAUCAUGUUAAUGACCUUGCCAUAGGGCCCCAGUACAUCAUGUUAAUGACCUUGCCAUAGGGCCCCAGUACAUCAUGUUAAUGACCUUGCCAUAGGGCCCCAGGACAUCAUGUUAAUGACCUUGCCAUAGGGCCCCAGGACAUCAUGUUAAUGACCUUGCCAUUGGGCCCCAGUACAUCAUGUUAAUGACCUUGCCAUAGGGCCCCAGGCCAUCAUGUUAAUGACUGUGUGUGAUGUGAUGUUCAGGUGAAUACUGGAUCGAUCCUAACCAGGGCUGUACUGGAGACUCCUUCAAGGUCUACUGUAACUUCACAGCUGGAGGAGAGACCUGUAUCUACCCUGACAAGAAGUCCGCUGGCGUACGUUUCCAUUGGUCAUUUCUGGAAAAGAAUGUCCGUAAUGUCUGUAAUGCCUAUAGAUACACUCUUAGAAAAAAAGGGUUCUAAGAACCCUAUGUAGAAAGGAAUCAAAAGAUUCUACCUGGAAUCAAAAGGGUUCUUCAAAGGGUUCUCCCAUGGGGACAGCCGAAGAACCCUUUAAGGUUCUAGAUAGCACCUUUUUUUUCUAAGCGUGUACAGUAGGCUGCAAUAAUACAUUGUAGUUGAUAUGAACCUUUUAACCUAUUCAUACUCAAUAUUUUACUGUCUAUUUAUGAUUUUGAUCUAAAGACAUUAACAUGUUGUUUUCUAACCUGGUAACCUGUUCAUUCAUUCGUGGUGUUGUGUUUGUUCUGUGUAACAGGUCAGAAUAUCUAACUGGCCAAAAGAGGCUCCAGGAUCAUGGUUCAGUGAAUUCAAACGUGGAAAAAUAGUAAGUAUACAAAUGAUCCAACUCUCAAAGCAAUUAUACAUGAUCAAGAUCAAUAUUGAGAUACACAAUAGACACUUAAAACUCAGGGGAAGAUAACCUACAGUGAGACUAAAUGUAUCCCCUCCAUAACCCUCUCUACACCUCCUCUCCCUCCCUCCCCCUACCUCCCUCCUCUCCCUCCCUCCUCCUCCCUCCCUCCCCUCCCUCCCUCUCACCCCUCUCCUUCUCCCAGUUGAACUACGUGGACAUGGAGGAGAACACCAUCCAGACGGUCCAGAUGACCUUCCUGAAGCUGCUCAGCUCAACGGCCCGUCAGAACUUCACCUACAUCUGCCACCAGUCUGUAGCCUGGUACGAUGCCAAGGCAGACGGCUACGACAAGGCUCUACGCUUCCUGGGCUCCAACGACGAGGAGAUGUCCUAUGAUAACAACCCCUUCAUCAAGGCCCUGUCGGACGGAUGCUCUGUAUGUAGUCUUAAAAAGUUAGAUUUAGCUUGGAGCUUGGAGCUUCCACUGGAAAUUGCAUUAGUUCUAUUAGAGAUUCCAUUGGUUCCAUUGGAGAUCCUAUUGGUUCCAUUAGAGAUUCCAUUGGUUCCAUUAGAUAUUCAAUUAGUGCCAUUAUAGAUUCCAUUGGUUCCAUUAGAGAUUAUAUUUGUUCCAUUGGAGAUCCUACUGGUUCCGUUGGAGAUCCUAUUUGUUCCAUUAGAGAUUAUAUUGGUUCCAUUAUAGAUUCCAUUGGUUCCAUUAUAUAUUAUAUUGCUUCCAUUACAGAUUCAAUUUCUUCCAUUAUAGAGUCCAUUGGUUCCAUUAUAUAUUAUAUUGCUUCCAUUACAGAUUCCAUUUCUUCCAUUAGAGAUUCCAUUGGUUCCAUUAUAGAUUAUAUUGGUUCCAUUAGAGAUUCCAUUGGUUCCAUUGGAGAUUCCAUUGGUUCCAUUGGAGAUUCCAUUAGUUCCAUUGGAGAUUCCAUUAGUUCCAUUAGAGAUUCCAUUGGUUCCAUUGGAGAUUCCAUUGGUUCCCUGAGAGAUUCCAUUGGUUCCAUUGGAGAUUCCAUUAGUUCCAUUAGAGAUUCCAGUAGUUCCAUUAGAGAUUAUAUUUGUUCCACUGGAAAUUGCAUUAGUUAUAUUAGAGAUUCCAUUGGUUCCAUUGGAGAUUCCAUUAGUUCCAUUAGAGAUUCCAGUAGUUCCAUUGGAGAUUCCAUUGGUUCCAUUAGAGAUUCCAUUGGUUCCAUUGGAGAUUCCAUUAGUUCCAUUAGAGAUUCCAGUAGUUCCAUUGGAGAUUCCAUUAGUUCCAUUAGAGAUUCCAGUAGUUCCAUUGGAGAUUCCAUUAGUUCCAUUAGAGAUUCCAGUAGUUCCAUUUGAGAUUCCAGUAGUUCCAUUGGAGAUUCCACUGGUUCCCUUAGAGAUUCCAUUGGUUCCAUUGGAGAUUCCAGUAGUUCCAUUAGAGAUGUCAGUAGUUCCAUUGGAGAUUCCAUUGGUUCCCUUAGAGAUUCCAUUGGUUCCAUUGGAGAUUCCAUUAGUUCCAUUAGAGAUUCCAUUGGUUCCAUUGGAGAUUCCAUUAGUUCCAUUAGAGAUUCCAGUAGUUCCAUUGGAGAUUCCAGUAGUUCCAUUAGAGAUUCCAGUAGUUCCAUUGGAGAUUCCAUUGGUUCCAUUUGAGAUUCCAUUAGUUCCAUUAGAGAUUCCAGUAGUUCCAUUGGAGAUUCCAUUGGUUCCAUUAGAGAUUCCAUUGGUUCCAUUGGAGAUUCCAUUAGUUCCAUUAGAGAUUCCAUUGGUUCCAUUGGAGAUUCCAUUAGUUCCAUUAGAGAUUCCAGUAGUUCCAUUGGCGAUUCCAGUAGUUCCAUUAGAGAUUCCAGUAGUUCCAUUGGAGAUUCCAUUGGUUCCAUUGGAGAUUCCAUUAGUUCCAUUAGAGAUUCCAGUAGUUCCAUUGGAGAUUCCAUUGGUUCCAUUGGAGAUUCCAUUAGUUCCAUUAGAGAUUCCAGUAGUUCCAUUGGAGAUUCCAUUGGUUCCAUUAGAGAUUCCAUUGGUUCCAUUGAAGAUUCCAUUAGUUCCAUUAGAGAUUCCAUUAUUUCCAUUGGAGAUUCCAUUAGUUCCAUUCCAUUAGUCCAUUGGAGAUUCCAUUAGUUCCAUUGGAGACUCCGUUAGUUCCAUUGGAGAUUCCAUUGGUACCAUUAGAGAUUCCAUUGGUUCCAUUGGAGAUUCCAUUAGUUCCAUUAGAGAUUCCCUUAUUUCCAUUGGAGAUUACAUUGGUUCCAUUGAAGAUUCCAUUAUUUCCAUUGCCAAUUCCAUUGGUUCCUUUGAAGAUUCCAUUAGUUCCAUUGAAGAUUCCAUUAGUUUCCAUUGCCAAUACCAUUGGUUCCUUUGAAGAUUCCAUUAGUUCCAUUGAAGAUUCCAUUAGUUCCAUUGGAGAUUCCAUUGGUUUCAUUGUAUUGGGUAGUUGGUGACAUUGUUGCAUUGUUGCUAAUUGGUAAUCAUACAGUAGUUACUGGUAGAUAUUGAUUGAUCUAAGUAUCUGGUAGGUCUUUAUCAGAUCUUGAAACCACAAUAACUCCUUGCUCCCACCCGCGUCCAACUACUCUCACCUACCCGCUCCACCCCUCACUUCCCAUCCCCUAAAGUAACUACUACGCAAAUACCGCACCAGAAACGAGCAACGUAACAGACUCGAGUCAAAAAAGACAUAGCUCAAUCCCUCACCCCACAUACCGUCACCAGUCAAUAAAAAAGCAAUAGACCACGAACACGCAGCAAAACCGAGCAACAUACAACAAAAGCAUCACACGAAAACUCAGCCCACAACCAACCUCUACCCGCCCGCCCCACACCCCUACAUCACAGCCUCAACCAUCCACCCCCUCACUCCCCGCAUCCCUCCCCGCCCCCUCCCUCCCCUCUCCUCCCCUCUCCCCCCCCCCUCUCCCUCCCCUCUCCCUCCCCUCUCCAGCUGAAGUCGGGCUACUCCAAGACGGUGAUGGAGAUCAACACUCCGCGCAUCGACCAGGUGCCCAUCAUCGACGUCAUGUUUAAUGACUUUGGCGACCCCAGCCAGCGGUUCGGGUUCGAGGUGGGCCCUGUCUGCUUCAUGGGC